AUGAUUAGAUUAUUUCAAUCAUUUUGCUUGUUCUUUUUCAGCAUUCAUCUAUUUCUCUAUGGUGUAAUUGCUGAUCAAGUAAUUGGUAAUGUUGCGUAUGUACAUUUAGGUGUAGAAUCAAAAGUUGUGCUUCGACAAAUUAAAGAUGGUACCAAUCCAUAUGAUUUACCAAUCGAGAGUUUUUCGGAUUUUGUCGUGAAUUUGGAUGCAGUAGAGUAUUUGCAUCGGAUAUCAGGACGUACUGAAUUUAAAGAGCUGCAGGAGCUGAAGUUAAAUGAUUAUGACCUGCAGGAGCUGAAGUUAAAUGAUUAUGACCUGCAGGAGCUGAAGUUAAAUGAUAAACAGUUGAUAGAGAUUGCUCAGAGAUAUAUUCCUACAACAAGUAAUGAUGGAAAAGGUUUGGGAAGCAUCAUUGCAUUUGUUAAGCAAAAACCAUCCGAGUUGAUCUUGUGGAUUUUCAAACAAUUUAUCAAUCCCUUUAAGUUCUUGUUUGGUAACUUUGCGUUCAAGAGCUUUACUUUUUGCUUUGCUUUGAUCAAAAGGAUCCCCUUCUACACGAGAAAAGUAACUGGCUGGUACUAUGGUACACUGAGCUUGCCAGUAAAAUGUUUUGUUGGUUUGGACUGGAUCGAUACAGAGGCUCAAGGACCGUUUUUGGUUGGAUGGGAAACAUUUACCUUAAAUGACAAUUGCGCUGAAACAGUGACUAAGGAAUCAAUUGAAAAAACUUUAUCUCAUGGCAAAAUAAAUGCAAUUGAGGAUGCAAAUGCAAGUCUUUGCCAUUUGUACAAACACGAAGCAGGCGCUGACUCGGGAGAAUGGAUUGCAAAGAUUAGAAUAUUUCCAGUCGUGAAGGAGAAUAAGGAUGGGUUUAAAUUUCAAGAUGAUAUUAAUAAUAGUAUAUGGGACAUAUCAUGUGUUGAAGCAGGCGCCAACAAGGAUAAAAACAAAUCACUUUUUUCAUAUUUACAAAGCUAUCUUGUAGCUUUGAUUUAG